AUGAGUGCUCCUAUCGAAGCUCAAUCUAUAUCCUCACUAAGCAACCUGCUCGCAAACCCACCACGCUACCCGAGAAAUCCCACUCAUCAAGUCCACGAAUCACUUGUGCUCUACAUCGUCCGGGUACCUGGCAGCAAAGAUGUGUUUCUCACACCUCUGAAGCCCGCGACCAAAGCCUCGAUAAGUAUCGAGGCUGUGCAGUCCAGUCUAUAUUACCUCCAUGUCGAGAGACCGGAAGAUGAGGCGUUGAGAAAAUCACUGGAAGCCACACAGAUUACAGACAACCGCAGCCAUGAGGUCUCGCCAAUACAGAGAAAGCCUCUUCCUCCAGCACCGUACGCGAAUUAUCCUGCUUCACAGAGACCUCCAACCCCACCAAAGAGUUACCCUCAUUAUCAACCGCCAUUACUAGAGUCAAAAACUGCGACUCAGGCUGAGCGCUAUGCUGCCCGUGGCACUCACAUCAGGCUGAAUACCAGGGAGCAUCUGGACGUCCCUCCGACUUCUGGAAAACCUUUCGGUAGCCGAAUAAUGCCUUCGCAGAUGCGUGAUGGCGAUGAGAGUCCAUCUCCAAGUCCUAUCGAAAAUGCACAGAUGCAAUUCAGAUUGGCCAGGAAGCCAGUCCGACCGGUAGUUCAGGCUGAUACUCAAGGUCAUAAUCGGUCAGAUACUGACCAGGAAUCGCCGAUCAGAGCCAGGCUUGAUCAUUCCUCGCAACUGUCUAGUUUUCCCCCCACAGGGUCUAUGGCUUCGAAGCCGGGGUCGGCAACGUUGCGCAUAACGCUGAUUCGCAGAGACCCUGCUUCUGGUAGUCAAUGGAACGUUGGUAGCAUAGUUCAGCAAACCACAGAAGCCCCUCUGAGGAGGGUCGACGUUGAGCUCACCUCGCCGGGUUAUAUCAAGUUCGUGCAGUCAGAAGCUGGUGGAGGCACUGCGUUCCGCAGAAAGGUUGCCUAUAUGCAAACGUCUAGUGACGAUGGGUCAUUAUUAACAAAGAGGAGACUCAAUUCCACGGAUUCUUUCUCGAAUGCCCCUCCGUCAACCAGCCGAAGACCGAAACAGGCCUAUGCUUUCAUCUCGCCGUGGCAAGGUAUGUGUGCCUUUGGCAAUGGCCUGGAUGGCAAAAGCCUUCGGUGUCGACACUUCCUACCCGGUACAAAUCCGUCUAUGCCAGGUGUCAGUGCAGAUGUUGCAGAACUACGCUUCAACCUGCCAUGGGCAUCACUUCGGUUGAAGGACCCGAACAAGAAGCAGGCCAAUCAUAUAUCAGACUGGUCUCACGACACGUCCAACACACGUCCGGAAACUUCCUCCAACAAAGAAGUAUGGAGGCGAAGCUUCCAAACCUUGACGCACAGAGCUCGAAAGCAGCUCUCUAUCAGUGAAAGCAACGACGACUUUGCACAGGUCGACAUGCCAAAUGAACAGCCUCGGUUGAGCCUUGAUCUUGGACGGGAAAAGGCUGGAGGAGGUUUCAAAGGCCAUAGUGCUAAGCUCGGGAAGCUCAUUAUCAAUGAUGAAGGCCUGAAGAUGUGUGAUCUGGUAGUCGGAGCAUGCAUGGGGGUCUGGUGGCAGCAUUAUGCGGGAGAUAUGUCGUCUUCAUGA